CUCGCAUUAACAGCUAGUUUUGUUUUUGGCUGAUGGUUAGGUUCGAUACCUGUUAUCUUAUUGUAAAUUUAUUUGUGCUAUAAUCAGUAUAAAACGGAAUGAACCUGAGAGUAUAAAUGUGCAGUGUCAGUGUGGGGUGCGGGUGUGACUUUCACUCUAUUUUCUUUGCACUUUACAGGGCACCAACACUUAAUCUGUUUCAAACUAUAUUAUAAGUUUUUUCGACAUAAUAAUGUUAAGGGAUGAGAACAACGUUGGAGUCGUUAUGAGAUCAUCAUGACAACAUCUCAAAAAAAGUUUGUACUAUCGAAUUCGUCUCUUCUUCUCUCAACUAAUUCACUUGACUAAAAAGCUCAUAAUUGUAAAAAAAAAGAAGCAUUGAAGCUGUUAAACAACUUCUAAAUCGUGAAAAGUACACAUUCUGAAGCGCUAUGAAAGCGUAAAAACUAUCUAACGACAAUUGUACGAUAAAUUUGCAUGUUUUUACUGUUUUUUUUUUUAUUGAUUGUGUGUCUGUCUGAGUAUUGGGAUUAUGUUGGCUGUAUUUUUCAUAGAACAUUGAAUAUGAGAUUGUAAAAUGAAUGAAACCAAUUAUUUCUAUUUUAUCAAAAAUGAUCUAUUUAUUGAAGUUUUCAUGGCUUACAUAUCGGAAGAUGAAUUAAAUUUUGAAUAAUAUAUCUAUAGAUAAAACAAAGAUAAAUUGUAUUAACAUGUGUUGAAUAAAUAUUAAUGCCAAUGCUUUGCUUUGUAUAUUUUUGUUCAAACCCAGUCAUUUAGAAUGAAAGCAAGAAAUUCGAAAAGCAAUGUUCAUUCAACGAUAUAGACCGACGUAUAUCAUUGUGUAUGUCAGUAUAUAUAAUUCAAUAAGGAUAGACAAGAAACAACAACAGAAAUGAGCGUUAGUAAGUUUGAAUUUAUACCUGCCGAUAUUAUUGUUGAAAUUUUUCAAUCAUUUUUAUUAUUAAAUAAACGUUUUGCAAGAAUUAUUACGGAUGAAUAUUUGUGGAACAUUCAUAUUGGUGAUAAUAUAAUGUCAUUAUUAAUGUUCAAUAACCUUUUUCAAAAUGUUUUGAAAUUAAUUGGACAACGUAUUGUCUCAUUACGUAUAAGAUUAAGCCAUAUUGUUGGUGGAUGA